AUGGACGACAAACGUCACCAUCGUGGUGCUGUUAAUCCCGGAACUGUCAAGCCCAGUUAUGUCGUUUCGAAGCCAAGCAAGCAGGUGACUGGGGGCUUAGAAUUCAGGAACCUAACGUAUACUGUGAUAAAGAAACAAAAGGUUGGGGGAAAAUGGGUGGCGGAAGAAAUUGACCUGCUUCAUAAAAUUACUGGCCAUGCGCCCAAGGGCUCAAUAACUGCUGUCAUGGGGCCUAGUGGUGCCGGCAAAUCUACCUUUCUUGAUGGCCUUGCUGGGCGGAUAGCCAGUGGGAGCUUGCGUGGAACGGUGGCUAUGGAUGGUCAGGAGAUGAGCCCAAGCUUCAUUAAGAGAACCUCUGCUUAUGUCAUGCAGGAUGACAGGCUCUUUCCCAUGCUUACAGUCUAUGAGACUCUAAUGUAUGCCGCUGAAUUCAGGCUUGGACAAAGUGUGAGAUUUUCCGAGAAAGAAGCCAGAGUUGAAAAGCUCAUAGACCAGCUUGGCCUAACGAAUGCUAGAAACACGUACAUUGGGAACGAAGAAGUACGAGGAGUUUCUGGCGGGGAGCGGCGGCGAGUUUCGAUUGGAGUGGACAUAAUUCACGGGCCGGCGCUUCUGUUUCUGGACGAGCCCACCUCUGGUCUGGACUCCUCCAGCGCUCACAGCGUUAUUGAGAAAGUCCACGACGUCGCUAUGGCCGGCAGGGUGGUGAUCCUCACCAUCCACCAGCCCUCCCACCGCAUUAUCUCCCUCCUCGACAAUCUCAUCGUUCUCGCCAGGGGGCAUCUGAUAUACCAAGGAUCUCCCAAGGGUGUGGGAACUCACUUAUCCAACAUGGCACGCAAUGUGCCAAAGGGCGAGAACAGUAUUGAGUGUUUGCUGGACGUAAUCGCUGAAUAUGAUCGUUCCUCCUUCACUGUCUCUGCGCUCGCAGGAUACUACUACACCAAAGUUAAGCCUCCGUCGCUCACCAAGGACAAGGACAUCGACAUAUCACUCGUUUCUACUUAUUCGAUAUCGAGAGGAAUGGACAUUGGGAGUGCAGGAAAGAUGGCGUUGAGAAGCCCAAGCGUGAUGCAGAUGCAUGGUGAGGCGUGUAUCUCAGUGGACAUUCAUGGUGAGGCAUCAACCAAUUUUGACAGCAGCAUUCGGACACCGAGAAGGAAGAAGGGUGGAGCGGGCUUAGUGGAGGCCUUCAAUUUCACCCCUAUGAAAAGUAGCAUUUCACCAAGUUACGUGGAAUCUAUAGAAGUCAUAUCUUCAAAUGAAUCAACUCCUCAUGGUAGUGAUUGCACUGUUAAUGAGUCCGAUUAUUUCUACAAAAAUUCCUCUAAAAGGCAUGCUCUUGAUUUGGGCCCAAAGUUCCCAAAUUCAUUUGGGAAAGAAGUGCUAAUUUUGAUAAAGCGCAACUUUGAAAACAUCAAAAGAACGCCAGAGUUAUUUUUGUCAAGACAAGUAGUGUUGACAGUGAUGGGAGCGAUGUUGGCCACCAUGUUUUUAAAGCCAAAAGCAGAUGUCCAAGGCAUGACCAAUGUACUCUCUUUCUUCAUAUCCACAGUUUGCCUCUUCUUCUUCUCUUCCAAUGAUGCAGUCCCAGCCUUUAUACAAGAACGCUUCAUAUUCAUAAGGGAGACCUCACACAAUGCAUAUAGAGCCUCCUCAUAUGCCAUAGCAGGCCUCAUAACUUAUUUGCCUUUCUUAUUCAUUCAGGCUCUCACAUAUUUCAUCAUAGUAUGGUUCCCCUUGAAUCUGCGAGGAGAUUUUUACUACUUUGUGCUGCUCCUCUUCGUCUCUCUUAUAACCACCAAUUCCUUCGUUGUGUUCGUGAGUUCACUGGUGCCCAACUAUAUCAUGGGCUAUGCUGCAGUCAUUGCCUUCACUGCCAUAUUCUUUCUCUUCUGUGGCUUCUUCAUUCCAGGAGGCAGUAUUCCAGUCUACUGGAAAUGGAUGCACUAUAUCUCUACCAUCAAGUAUUCCUACGAAGGCAUGAUCAUGAACGAGUAUUCAAGGAGUGUAUGCUACAGCUUCGAUGAAACAGGCAACUGUGCCUUGAAUCGAUCACAAAUUUUAACAAGUUUGUCCAUCAGUACAGAUAAAAUGGACAAGUGGGUAAGCUUGGCCUAUCUUCUUGCCUGGGCAGUCAUUUACAGGAUUUUCUUUUAUGUUAUUCUGCGCUUUAACUCCAAAAAUCAGAGGAAAUGA